CAACAUGACGUCAGUUUCAUGCGACGCAGUCGUCAUCAGAUGUUUCGAGAGGAGUUUCGCGUGUCUAUCAUUCUUGAAGUUGUGAAUACAAAUUCACAGAAAUGGCUGUUUUUCACGACGAAAUCGAAAUAGAGGAUUUUGAAUAUGAUGAAGACACAGACACCUACUAUUACCCUUGUCCGUGUGGAGAUAGAUUUGCAAUUACCAAAGAAGAUUUGGAGAAUGGUGAAGAAGUAGCGACGUGCCCAAGCUGCUCCCUUAUAGUUAAGGUCAUCUAUGACAAGGAGGACUUCAUGAGUGGGGAAGUUAUCGAAGCACCAACUGCAGACAGGAGGGUAGAAGUCUCCCAGAGUUGACCGUCAUGACUGUCAUCAGUUAGGCCUCCAUCUGAUUCCAUUGGGCAGCAUGGGCUUGUUCAUGGAAGAAUGCGCUCAGAGACAUGCAGCUCACGCAUAUGAUGGACUUGAUUGAAAAGACAUACAUAGCACUGCCAUUUUUGCACAACGUAUUGUAAAUUAGUUUUUGGAAGCUAUUUAUUUUUUUAUUGUAUUAACUAUAAAGGCCUCUGUGCAUGAUGAAAAUGCA